AUGAGUGCCAAAUGGUUGCUUUUCUUGCGAUCAUUUCUCUUCGCCAUCCUGACACAUCUUGCAGCAUUUUCCACACCCAUUCACAAGGCACCAGCACUGAACGGCACCAACGUUGAUCGUCUAGCAUUGCUUGCUAUUAAAUCCAUGAUUAAAGGUGACCCACAAGGUCUCUUGACCUCAUGGAACCAAUCCAGCACUGAUUUCUGCCAAUGGCAGGGCGUUACAUGCAGCCCUCGCCACCAAAGAGUCACCCACUUGAACCUCUCAAACAGAGGCUUAAGUGGUUUGUUGUCUCCUUCCAUCGGAAAUCUAAGCUUUCUUAGGGAAAUUCGGUUUUCUAGCAACUCAUUUUCCGGUGCAAUUCCACCUGAAAUCGGACGUCUCUUUAGAUUACAAAAACUAAGUCUUCGUAACAACUCUUUCACAGGAAACAUUCCGGCCACCUUAAUGAAUUGCUCAAACCUCCAAGCCCUUAACUUGGGUAGCAAUAAUCUGGUCGGCAAGAUCCCCGAUUCGAUCGGUUCAUUUUCCAUGCUAAGCUUCCUCGCCCUUCACGAUAACAUUCUACAUGGCGGAAUUCCACCUGAAAUUGGCAGUCUUUUUAGAUUACAAGAACUAUGGCUUUAUCACAACUCUUUCACGGGAAACAUUCCGGCCACCAUAACGAAUUGCUCCAACCUCCAGAUCCUUCAGUUGGGUAACAAUAGUCUAACUGGCAAGAUCCCAGAUGGGAUUGGUUCAUUGUCCAUGCUAAGCAUCCUCGCCCUUUCCGACAACAUUCUAGAGGGCGGGAUUCCACCUGAAAUCGGGCGCCUAUUUCGAUUACAAGAACUAUAUCUUUUUAACAACUCUUUCAGGGGAAACAUUCCAGCCGCCAUAAUGAAUUGCUCCAACCUCCAAGUCCUUAAUUUGGGUCGCAAUAAUCUGGUCGGCAAGAUCCCAGAUGGGAUUGGUUCAUUGUCUAUGCUAACCCUCCUCUCCCUUCAUGACAACAUUCUACACGGCGGAAUUCCACCUGAAAUUUGUCGUCUCUAUAGACUACAAACAGUAUCUCUUUCUAACAACUCUUUCACUGGAAAUUUAUUGUCCAUCCCUCCUACACUUCAUAUGCUCGACUUAAGUUUUAAUAACUUUGGGGGGAAAUUACCUUCUCUCACAAACGGUUCGGCUUUAAGAUAUUUGGGACUAUCACAUAACUAUUUUGUUGGAUCAUUACAUAAUUUGGUUUGUUCCAAUGGGGUGAACGCGAUCGAGUCGGUUGAAUUGGGAUAUAAUCAGUUGUCGGGUGUUAUUCCGGAGUGUUGGGAGAAGAAGCUUACCUUCUUCCCUAAUGAAUCUGUCAUCCUUAAAGAUCCUUGA